AUGGCGUUCCUGGAGUUCGUUGGGACUUCAAAGCAGCUAGAGUGCUUGUUUGGCGAGAGGGAGUACCAGCAAGUUUCCCUAGCCCUGGAAGGAGAGAAGGAAUUCUCCGGGACGAUUACCUGGAAGGAGGACGAGUUGAAUCCCCCUCCCAGUGUUGAAAUCGACUGGUACGCACGCAGACGCCAGGACCGGCCAAAGGGGAGGAAGUUGGAGGCUGUGGCAUAUGUAGAAGAGGUAGCAGCUGAAGAACACGGAGGAACCGAGUUAUUUCAAGGUGCUGGUUGGGUCGUUCUGAAGAAAGAAGAAAGGUCGAUAUGGUUUUAA